AUGCGGACCGACAAGGUCAUCGUCGACUUCUCCGUGGUGGAGGAGGAAUGGAGUAAGCGCGUGUGGCCCGUGAGCUGGUCCGAGAACAACAUCCUGCUUUUUGGGCGCGGUGCUCGCGUGCAUUACAAAAGCCUCUCGGCGAAUGAGGCCAUCGGACAGUUGUGCAAGUUCCGGGAGGACCAGGGGAAUCUGCGCCUCAUCGAGUGCGCAGGGAAGGACUACCCCAACCUCGUUGCGGUGAGCAGUUCGAACGGGCAUAUCCAACUGUGGGACCUCGCAGCGAAGAAGAUGGUCUCCAAGUGGUCCACGAAGUCCACGGCGGCCAUUCAAUGGAAUGGUCCCAUCCUCACCGUCGGCGGCGAGCGCGGCUCUAUCCGCCAAUUCGACACGCGUGUUCCUGAUACAACGAAGAUGAAGGAGCAGGCAAAGAAAACCAUGCGCCACCAGUCCAAGAUCAGCAGCCUCGCGUGGAAUAUUGACGGAAAAUUCCUGGCCAGCGGAGAUGAGAGCGGUCAGGUUCACAUUUGGGACCCCCGUCUGCAAAACGCACCUCUGGAAGUGGGCGAAAUGAUCCAACGCCGGAAGAAAAUCCAGCACGUAGGUGUGAUCACAGCUCUCGCGUGGUGCCCGUGGCACCCCAAGACUCUGGCCACGGGCGACUCUGCGCCCGACGGCACAGGUACCAUUCGUAUAUGGAACGUCAACGGGUCCGUAUCACUCAACCACCCCGACCGCCUCGAGCUCGACGCUCAAAUCACGUCCCUGCAUUAUUCCCCGCACUGCAAGGAGUUGUUGAGCACUCACGGCCCGGGCAAGGGCGCGCCCGAGCGUGCCCCUGCCAACCCCAACGUGAACACGUCGACUGACGACUCGUUCGUGCCGUCGCGCAUCGCAAACUCCGUGGUCGUCCACGCAUUCCCGUCCUUCCGCCGGAUCGCUACCAUGACGGGAGCGACGGCGAACAUCGCAGGAAGCGUCCUGAGCCCGAACGGGCAGAGGGUUGUGCUCGCGAUCCCCCAGGAGUCGAAGCUGAAGGUCUGGGACGUAUGGGGCAAGCGGAGGGAGCUGAAGCGGUCCUCGAGCAUGUUGAGCACCUGUUCUAUUCGGUGA